UCAUCAUCACAAAAACCCUUCAAUCGUUAGCAAGUCUUUCAUUCUCUCUCUCUCUUCCAGUCUUCUUCAGACCAGUUCUAUUCCAACUACUCCGAGUUUAAUUCUCUCGUUCAAAACCAACCCCUCAGACGCAAUGCAGUUCUCCAUCACCACCGUUCUGGCUUUCGCCGCCACCGUCGCUGCUCUGCCCCCUGCUGUCGCCAACGGUAACGGCAACGGCAUCGGAAACAAGGGCAACAGCCAGGUCCGCUUCCCUGUCCCUGACGACAUCACCGUCAAGCAGGCCUCCGAGAAGUGCGGUGACCAGGCCGAGCUCUCCUGCUGCAACAAGGCCACCUACGCCGGUGACACCACCAACGUUGACGAGGGUAUCCUUGCCGGUGCUCUCAGCAACCUGAUCGGCGCUGGCUCCGGCAGCGAGGGUCUCGGUCUCUUCGACCAGUGCUCCAAGCUCCCUCUGCAGGUCAACAUCAUUGCCAUCGCUCUCAACGAUCUGGUCAACCAGCAGUGCAAGCAGAACAUUGCUUGCUGCCAGAACUCCCCCAGCGAUGCCAGCGACGACCUCAUCGGCCUUGGCCUUCCUUGCAUUGCCCUUGGCUCCAUCAUCUAAGCUGCUCGCUUACUGGCUGUCCUUUUGGACGACAAAG